AUCGACGAUCUGAUUUUGAAAAAGUCGACAGUACGAUGCAAUCUCCGACGAUAAAUCAACAAUAGGUAUUACGAAUCUUUUGAGCAUUCCCCUCCAUUCCAGCGAAAUAACCAGAAGAAAUAGUGAAUAGUCGGAAAGAGAGGGAGGGGGGAAGAUCGAAGGCGCGAGACUUUCCUCCAACCUCCUAGGAGGAUGACCUUCCCUUGGGAAUGGAUGGUGGGGAUGUUGGGAGGUCCUUCUGGACCACGGACACGUGCCACCUGUCAUACAUUCGGAAGUACUCGCUUUCGGAAGACUGUAAAGAGGAGAUUAGUCGGAGAUUAGAUCUUGAUCCUUUGACGAAAGACAUUUCACAAUCGUAAAAAAGAUAAAAAGUGAAUAGAAUAAAUAAAGAAUUGUACGGAUUGAACAUGAUUCCAUAGGAAUUAUUCGAAUCCAAUCGGUCGUGCAGUAAUCGAUUGUAAGUGAGCUUUUCGAAGGAACAUUAACGUCGACAAUGAGAUGCAUUCGUUAGAUAUCUAGAGCCGAUGACUUUUGUCAAGAUGGAGUAUUGUCAGAGCCAGGAGAAGGCGUCGGACGGUGAUAUUUGCGAUCUACGAAGAGCGAGAUCGCAUCAGAAUGCCAACGAUGUUUGUUCUAUCGAGGAGGAGGCGAGGUACGAUCGCCGAGGAAGCGAGGACACCGAACGACGUGCAAAAUCACCGAGUAAUCAUCGAGAGACGAUGGAAUAUGCAUCCGAUUCGAGCAGUGAAAGCUACAGAGAAUAUCGAAGGCAACGUAUCACGGAGAGAAGGAACGUGUCGCCGGUCGCAACGUCGAGUGCAUUUACGAUCGACAAUAUUCUUGGAACGAGAAACGAGAAACGAGAAGAGGAAAGAGAUUUUUCUAAGAUUUGUUACAUCGAUAAGGAAGACGAACAGGAUGAAAAGGAUGAGAAAAUCAUCGAGGGACAAUUUGUGAGACCGACAGCUAUUCCUGCCGCCCAUCCGAACGUGAGUGGUAUGUUGUACGCGCACACGGCUAUACCUUACACCGAUGGGACCCUUUCGGAUCCUUCGAGUUACUCGACGACCUCGUUGGCAUCAGCAUCCCUCUUGUACAGCAGCUGGUUCGCACAGUCGAAGCCUGGUCAACUUUUUGGUCUUCAAGCACCAAAACCGAAUGGCAGGCGUUCGAGAAAACCAGGAAUCGAUAGAAAACCGCGACAAGCAUAUAGCGCUAAACAAUUGGAAAGACUCGAAGCGGAGUUCAAGAUCGACAAGUAUCUCAGUGUGAGCAAACGAAUGGAACUUUCGAAAUCUCUGAAUUUGACGGAGGUUCAAAUCAAAACGUGGUUCCAAAAUCGACGUACCAAGUGGAAGAAGCAACUGACGUCCCGACUGAAGAUAGCACAGAGACAAGGACUCUUACCGCCAACUUAUUUUCCACCAAACCAUUACCCUUUGUUACCCUACUAUGCCGCACCCUUGAUGUUCGGGAAUCCUUCGUUAGAUGAAGCUAGCAGCAACGUCACGACAACGAUACAGCCGCGUCCUGUCCUACCAUCAUCCGAUACAGUCUGAGAACUAAUCGACUCUAUCGAAAAUCUUUCAAUGUUUUCUUCCUUUUUAUUUUCAUUGUUAAUGUCUAAUUUCUUCUAUUUCAAAUCGUUCCUCUUUAAAGCCAUCGUCUCAUCGCAAAUCCUCUAUCUUUGUGAUCAAGAUCUAAUAGUUAAGAUAUUAAAUAAUUAGAUAACUCGAAACACUCGAGACAGCGUU